AUGUCCUCCUUGGAAAACUAUUUUCCAAUUUUCCGCCCACUUGUAGAUUUAAAUCGAGGGAAAAACACGUUGCAUAAUAUAAAGAAACAUUUUGAAGACUCGAAAUUUUUAUCAUUCGAUCCGAAUUUGAAGAGAAACAAAAAGUUCAAGCAUAAGGACGUGAAAAAGAAGAGCUUUAAAAGUCUGGAAACAGAUAGUGUACAGCAGUUUGAUAAAGAAAUUAGCAAAGUUAAUAGGGAGGACCCAACAGGAAUAAUCGAAUCUGAUAGUGCUUCAUUUAUAAGCUUAGGAAAUGCUAGUCUGAAAAAUGAACCCUCUGACGGUGGUGGAGAUGAAGUGGUUUUAAGAACCGACGGAGGGGGUAGUGACACCGAUAAAGAUUCAGGCAAAUUGGAGAAAAGUGAAAUACCUGAUGUGGAGAACGCAGAAUCGGUAUCGAAAUAUAAAAUCGUUUUAGAAGAUUAUGUAAAUAAACUGAAAGAAUCUAAUCCAUAUUUCUUGAUGGAGGUUGAUUAUGUUAAUCUGCAGUCUUUUAAAGAAAUUAGGAACCUCAUUCCAGAGGGGAAAGAAUACCACAAGUUCUACGAUGAGGAGAUGGAUAAAAAAGUCACAGAUUACACAAAUAGAUUAGACGCACUGAUGAAAAAGUUCAUUGGAGCGAAAAAUGAAAUGAUAAAAAUGGAUGCUAUCGUAAAAAUUCAUAAAAAGGGUUCUACCGAAUUGAAGCAAGAAGCUGAAAAUGUAAAAAAAUUAGAAUUAGCAAAGGAGCAAUAUGAAAAGUACAUGAAAGAGUAUAAUGAUGAUAUAAAACCUAUUGUACAUGAAAUUAGAAACAAGGCAUAUGAGCAUUUGAAGCAAUCCAGCUGCACGCACCAGUGUAAUGCUUACAUUAUGAAUUAUGCUCGUCUUCUUAACAAAUAUAUAAAGAACAUUUCAGAGACUACGGACGAGUCAGUUGUCACUAUCGUUAAAAGUAUUAACGAUUAUAAUUCUCUGGACAAAAUAUUAGAACUUGCAGAAAGGGAGAAUAUAGACAUUGCAGAAAAUGUCUACCUUUUGAAGUUACUAGGAGAAGAAGUAAAUGACCUUAACUAUGUGUAUGUGAUAAACAGAUCGCUAAUAAAUGACGCGAAUAAAGUUCUGAUGGACAUAAAGGAAAAUGGGAUUUUAUUUCAUACGAAGGAGGAUAAAAUUGUAAACAGUACAAAGGAACUAAUCAACAACUAUUGUGUGUUUCACCAUAUAAUGAUUUUGAAUGUUCCAAUUAAAAAAAUGUACGAAGAAAGGAUAAAAAGGUCUAACGAUUUAUUUUCUACAAUUAUGGAAAAGUUAAAAGAUGAAGCUCAUAAAUUAAUCAAUUCUGUAUUUGUCGAGGAGGAAAGUAAUAAAAUUCUUAAGUCGUCAGAAGGAAUUGUCCAAAAUGCAGAAAAAAUACUUGAGGAAAAUAAAAAAAAAAUAGACUUUUUUAAAAGGUAUCCAGAAAUAAAAACGAAGCCUCCUAUGGAAGAAUUACAAACUGAGUUUAGUCAACAAGAAGAAGCGAGGGGGGAAAUAUUAAACAUGGCACAGCUAAUCGAUCACUUAUAUAAUAAUUUGUUUCAUGUGAACAAAACUAAUCAUUUAAAUAAAUUAAACGAAAUAGCUCAGUACGGGGAUAGCAUAACAAAGGGAAAUUUACUGUUGGAAGAAAUUUCUGAAAUUAAUAAAGAGCGGAAUGUUCUAAAGGUAAAUAUUGCUACUUUGAAAAAUGUGCAUGGGAAUUUGGUACGUUCGAAAAAUAACAUUGUUGAAAUUGUAAUAAAUGUGGACAACACUUCUGAGGUGGACGAAUUGAAGGAAAAGGAAGAGAAGCUUGCAAAGUACAUGGAAGAAAUUAACGAAAAAAUUAAAGACAUGAUAAAGAAAAUGCACAAAUUAAAGGAAGUCAUCGUUUUAAGAGAUAAAGCGAAUCAAGAUGUCAUCACGAUUAACGAGUUACUGAAUGGAGGGUCGAAUGCCAAUUUGGAAGAAUUCAUAAGUAAAAAGAACAAAGCCAAUGAUGAUAUUAAUUCGAUAUUUAAAACAUUGUACAGCGGAGACGUAUAUGAUCUUAUCGAAACGGUGGGCACGUUUGUUCGUGAAAAGAGAAAAAUUGUAGGCGAAACGUUUUCCGCUAAACAAAUUGACCAAGUGGAACAAUAUCUCAGCGAAGUAAGAGUGGCUCAUGCCAAUUUAGACACCCUGACUCAUGAAAAAUUGAUAAAUGCCUAUGAUCAGUUAAGCGCAGAAGAGAACAAUACAGAAAAACUUAAAAAUGAUCUUGUUAAGAAGAAGAGCGAAGAUCUAUACAAAAAAAUGGCAGACUCUUUGAAAACAUUUAAAACUGAAUAUGCUGAUUUGGUGAGAAAUAUGGAGGAAUACGAAAGGGAAGAAAAAAUAUUAGAACAGUGUAUGGGAAAAACUUUGAAAAAGGAGGAAGAACACUUCAACACGUUACAAGUGGAUGGAGAAGCUCUGAAAGACACGUACAAUUGCGCAGGAUUCGAAAAACUGAGGGGCACUUUUUCGCAGAGGAAAUUCGAAUUGUCACAAAAAAUAGACCACGUUAAGGGUGUGGUGACUAAUAUGGAGAAACUUUUAAAAUCUUACAGUGAUUUGGAGAAGCAUUUUCUUUUACUUGAUGAUAGCGAUUACGUAAAACGAGUGGAAACAUUAAGACAAACUGUUCAGCGCGAAAUGAUGAAUAAAAAAAUGAGUGUUCAAGAGGACAGCUUCAAGAGAAGGACUGAAUCUGUACUUAAGACCAUCAAAAUAUUCGAAAGUUUAAACAAAACCAUACAUUUUCAUAACCACUUAAACAGGAGCAUAAACGAAUGUGAAGGCAUCAAUGUAUCGAUCAACAGUUUAAAAGGCAAAACAGUCGCGUUAAAGGGCGAACUGCAAAAAGAAAUUGAUGACAUUGGAGCAGACCAGCUGAUAAGUGAAGCUGUAAAAGUGGCACUACUAGAUAAGUUGAAAGCAGAACUAGGAAGUGUAAACAGCAAAUUAGAUGAAACUCACAUGGAUGAUUUGCUCAAAAAAUCAACAGAUUUGAAUAAAUUCUACAGAGAUUCAAAAAGCGAUUUGCACGAAAAGAGGCAAGAAUACCCUGUGCACUAUUCUCUAGAAAAGGUAAAUGACUGGGAAGAAAUUAAAACGGAAGUCCACGAAUUAAAUGCUCAUUAUAAUGCAUUCAACGACAAUAAGGCUAAACUAAUUUUAGCCAAUUCGCGCAUGUACUUGGAAUCAAUAUAUAACCUUAUAAAAGAGUUGGUUCAUAACACAAGGGAGGAGAAAGACAAAAUGGAGAGAUCUCUAAAGGGAAUAGAAAAAAGCGUAGAAACUAUCGAACUGAACCAGGAUUAUAAAAACGCUAAAGUUACGGACAAUGAGAAUGAAAUAAAAAAUAUAAAUGAAGACACUAUUCCAAAAAUUAAGGAACGAAUUGAUGAGUAUAGCAGAAAACUGACUAAAUUCGAGGAACAAUCGGAUAGUUUAAACAACAAAGACACGAAUAAAGGAAGUGACGUUACUCUCUUGCUUGAUGUGAUAAGACAAAUGAAAGGUACUUAUCAAGAAUUAAAAAAGAUACCUACUGAGAUGUUCAAAGAGAGGGACGAAAUAAGGAACACUGAAGAAAAUGUAAACAAGGUUCAAUUCGCAUACGAGAGAAAAUUAAUUGAGCAAUUUUUAAAAAGAAUUACUCAGAAGAGGAAUGAGGCGGAAGAGCAAACACAACAGAUCAGCGCAAUUGUUAAACAAAUUGAAGGGAUAAGAAAAGAAACGGGAGAUCCUAUCGACAAAGAAUUAACCACCACGAACUGCGAAAAACAUCUUCACGAUGCUGAAGAAAAAGGGGAGGAAAUAAAGCAAAUUGAAGAGUUGUCCACCAAACUGAGAGGAGAAGCUGCCACUACUGAUGUCAUAAGUGAAGUCAUAAAAAUUAAAGAACAGGUUUACGCACAUUUGGAAAAAGCCACAAGCAAUAGUAACCACGUAAGCGAGGCACUGAACACAAUUAAAGAAAUGAAAGAACUAAUACUGUCAGAGAGUUAUAACAGUGUUAUUAACUUUAUCUUAAGGAAUGUAAAUGAUGCUCAUAAAUAUGUCGAAUUGGUAAAAAUGGAAUUGCUAAAAAUUGAAGAUGCCACUGACCAUGUGAAGAUACGAUUUGAGGAAGCAAAGAAGUUAAAGGAAAAAAUCAAGACAGAUGUGGAUGACGAGGGGGCAGAUCAUAUCAUCAAAGAAAUUGAAGAAAUAAGAAAAGUAAUUUUGAAUGAAAUAAAAGACACAAGCACAUUUUUAACAAAUGCAGAAAAGGGCAAAGAAAAUUGUCUUCUACAUUUCGAGAAUGCAAAGGGGGGAAAAGCAAAAUUUGAUUACUUAAAAGAACAUGGUGACGGUGAGCACAAAAGAAUAUCACACAGUGAGAUAAAUAUGGUGGAAGAAAAUAUGACAAAAGUGAAACAACACACGGAUGAAGCUGACAAGGAUGUGGAACAAACGAAAAAAUUUUAUUACUCUAUUUUGGGAUAUGAAAAACUAAUCAAUGAUCUGCUAAACGAAUCGCUACUUAGAAAAGUCAAAUUAAAAUGCGAGAAAUUGAGAACAGAAGUAGACGGAAUAAUGGACGAAAUGGAACGUGUAGAUGUUAAGGCCAAGGAAGAGUCCAUCGAACAAGAACAAAAGGUAAAACAAAUGAAGGAGCAAUCCAUUGUUGAGGGUGAUCAGCCUAAAGAACUUAACGAAGAGUCUAUGAACGCAUUGCUACAAAUAAAAAAUUACAGACAGAAAUUGGACGACGUUAUGUUAAGUAUAAAAAGUGUGGAAGAGAAUAUGGAGCAGUUUUUAAGGAAUGCUGGCAGUUACGUGAAAACAACGCUAGACAUCUCUCAACUGCGAAAUGAAAAUUCGUUCGAUAAUUUGACAGCGGCGGAGGAAAACUACAAAAUAGCAUUGAGAAAUGUUCAGAAUGAAAAACAGCGUAUGAUAAGUGAGGAAAAAAGGCUAGCUGAAAUGUAUAGGGAUAUCAUUAGUGUAGGAAAAGAAUUGGAAGAACAAAAAAAAAGAUACGAAGUGGGAUUAUUGAAAGGGAUAAAAGAGAAUGCUGACAGAAGAUUGACCGCAUUGGAAUUAACCAAAAAGGAAGUUAACUCUUUGGUGGAUCCGUCCAAAUCCAUAUUUUUUAAAUUCAAAUUGGACAACUUAGACGAAACAGAUAUAAUGAAAUAUCUAUAUCGCUAUGCUGAUCGAAUUUACCAUAUUUUUGACGAAUUUGUGAAAUUGUACAAAAUGAUAGAAGGAUAUUUAUCCCAGAAUUCGGACCCCUCUGUAACAUUUAAUGAAGUCAAAAUGGUGAGGGAGAAAGCGCAAAUGGAAGAAAUGAGCCUUGGAGAAAAGGAAGAAGAGUCAAAAGAAGUACUGAGAGACAUGAAAAAAAAGGAGUCCAUAAGGUUGUUAAACGAAAUGAUGGAAAUGCUGAACAGUGCAAAGGAAAGAGUUACGGAAGAUCAUGCAAAAGUCAGCAACUAUGUGGAGAAUGUUAAAAAAGACGUCACCGAUUUAAAGGUACUGGACGAUGUAAAUAACGGCGCCAAUGUUUUUAAUAAGGCAAUGAAUAGUGUUAACGAAAUUAAAGACGCAAAGUAUAUGAACCAUAGGAAGGAAGCGGAAAAUAUAUACGAAAAUAUGAUACAACUGGCGAACUAUUUCUUAGAUGACGAUGUUAGGAUGGAGUCCACGGGAAAGUUAAGCGAAGCGGCAUUUGCAAAGGCAGAACCGGGUAUAGUGUCAGACAUUUUUGGCAAAAUAAAGGAGGCGAAGGAAAUUGUAGAAAAAAUAGAAGAAGAGUCAAUAGGUAUACAAAAUAAACAAAUAGAAGGGGAAAGGCUCUCCACUGAGGCGAACCACAUUUACAGCGUGGCAAAGCUGAAAAAUGAAUUUAAAAACAAAAAGAAUGAAGCGAAACUUAAGGUCAUAUUCGUGCUAGCCGAAAUAGAGGAAGCAUUACAUAAAUUAAAAAGUGUGAAUAAAGUAAAAUGCCAUUAUGAUAAUUAUGAUAAUUAUAAUGAUAUACUAGAAAAUAACGAAGAACAUGAGAAUUUCAAGCAAAUUUCUUCUACCUACAAGUUGAAGAAGGCCCAAAUAGCGAAAGAAGCAGAUAUAAAUGAAAUGAAAAAUGAUGCAAAUAUGUACAAAGACAAGUUAGCCAGUUUGGAUAAAAACGGGGAGACUUUUAACGAUGGAAGCGAUGAAAUUUCUACUGCACAGAAGUACAAAACUGACGUUGAAGGUAUUAUAGACAAACUAAACGUUAUAGAUGAAACCAUUAAUGGAAUUAAUUCCACGCUAGACGAAUUGCUAGAGUUAGGAAAUAAUUGUCAGCUGCAUCGGACCUUUUUAAUCAGCAGUUCUUUGAAUAAUAAAAUUGCAAAAUUCUUAGUAGAGAUUAGGGAACAAAAAGAGAACACAAAAAAAUGCUUCCAAUAUGUAAAAAGAAAUCACCAACAUUUGGCUAAUUUCGUUUCUGAGUUACACAAAACUCAGGGUGGCAUAUUUGAGAAUGUUAACCUGGUGGAUAACACACCGGAUGCAGAUAAGUAUUACCAUGAAUUUAUGGAAAUAGAGCAGGAGGCAACGAAAAUCGUGAAGGAUAUAAAAAAGGAAAUAUACCACUUAAACGAUGAUGUAGACGAACCUGUUUUGGAGAAACGGAUAAAAGACGUGAUCAACACGUAUAACAAAUUGAAGACGAAAAAGGUCCAAAUGGACCAGAGUUAUAAAAAUAUGUAUAUCACUAAAUUGAGGGAAGUCGAGGGAAGCCACGAUCUUUUCAACCAGGUAGCACAAUUGAUUAGAGGCGAAACGGAUAAAAAAGGGAAAGCCCUGUCAGAGAGAGAAAAUAACUUACACAGUAUUUACAAUUUUGUAAAAUUGCACGAAACUGAGCUGCAUAAUCUUUACGCCAAAUACACACCGGAGUAUAUGGAAAAAAUAAAUAAAAUAUUCGACGACAUCAAUGCUAGGAUGAUUGCGGUUGACCUUAAUGAUGAUCACAGCAGUGAAUAUAGCGACGUGAAAAGGCAUGAACACGAGGCCAUGCUUUUAAUGGACGCAACAAAUAAUUUGUCGAAGGAAGUAGAAAUGAUGCAGAACGAAAGUGGCGGCAAAAACGAUGGCAUAAAUGGAGGAAAAAGCCAACUCGUGGAAGAUUACACAAAUACGAUGAGCGAAUUCACGGAGCAGGCUAAGACAGUUGCGAAAAAGAUACACGACUCAAAAGGGGACUACGCAAAUAUGUUUGAUCAUAUAAGGGAGAAUGAAGCCAUGCUGGAAAGAAUUGACCUGAAGAAGAAGGACAUUAAAGAAAUACUUGCGCAUUUAAACAGAAUGAAGGAAUAUUUAUUAAAAAAAUUAUCUGAAGAGGAGAAAUUACAUCAUAUGAGAGAAAAAUUAGAAGAAGUUAACACGAGUACUGACGAAAUUGUAAAAAAAUUCAGGACAUAUGAUCAAAUGGUAGAUAUAUCCCAAAAUAUUGACAUCAAAAAUGUGCAGUCAAAAAGGUACGACUCUGUCGAUGAGAUAGAUAAAGAAAUGAGUUACAUAAAAACUCACAACAAAGAUUUAAUAGACAGCAAAUUUAUAGUGGAAAGGGCACUAGAAAAUGACAAAAGGAAAAAGAGCGAAAUGGGUUCAGGGUUUAGGGUUCAGGGUUCAGGGUUUAGGGUUCAGGGUUCAGGGUUUAGGGUUCAGGGUUCAGGGUUUAGGUUUAGGGUUCAGGGUUUAGGGUUCAGGGUUUAG